AUCACGUGAUCCAGGGAGAGGACAAAAGAGGGAAGGUUCUCCCGAUCGAGGGCUUCUCCUCGUCUUCUCAGCCUCCCACACCCUCCGCAAGGUCCUGGACCUCACGAUCGUGGUGAAUCAUGGCGGGAAAGUCGAACACGGGCAAGUCGGGGUUCCUGCACGACGACUCGCGGCUGCACAAGCUCUGCCAGGACGGUAACUACAGGAAAGUGACCGAGUUUGUCAACGCCGUACCAGACGCGAAGGCCCUCGAGGAUCGCCUCUCCAAUAGGAAGGGCGUGUUCGGCUACACUCCUCUCCACGAAGCCGUGGCCAGUGGUCACCACAAAGUGCUUGACUUUCUGCUGCAGAGAGCUGGAGACGGCCACGUGAACUGCCGUGCCAACAGUGGCUACACGCCCCUCCACCUAGCCGCCAGCAGCGGGCACAGCGAGUGCGUGCGCGUCCUCCUCCGGCACAGCGCGGACAUCAGCGUCACGGACGAGUACGGGAAGACGCCCAAACAGACGGCUGAGCUGAGCUCCAAGAGCAGCAUAGUUCGCAUUCUGCGCAGCGCAGAAAUAAUCAAGGAAGUCGAAACCAAUGGCGACGGGCUCACGGAGCUCCUCCGCUUCAACACUGACCAACUCGAGCCGCAUUGUCUCAACACAGCCCUCACUGCCGCCGUCCGUAACGACAACCAUUACAACGUCGGAAAACUGAUCGUGAAGGGGGCCGACGAGAUCAAGAAGGCACUGAGGCAGUCUGUGGAGGACAAGAAGCCCAACGCGAGGGCCAUGCUGCUGCUCGUCCACGCCGCCAUGGAGGGCAACCGAAACCUCGUCCUCCGUCUCUUUGGCGAGCCCACACUCCGGCGCCGACAACUCCCGCGACUACAUUGA